AUGGGGAUUCGGAAGAUAUCAACAUGUCUCCCAAAUGGAGGUGGGGGGAGCAAAGACUGGAAUAUUCGACAGGACUGCCGCCGAGAGGACUCUAAGGAGUUAUGUUCUGAGUUUGCCAUUCACAUAGCAAAUAGUGUGCAAGGAGCCCUCUUGGAGCUGUAUAGGGCAUUAGGUCUGUCAGGGACACGCUUGCCAUCAGGCUUCUUUAAAGAAAUUAGGGCAGACACGUGGGAUCCCUUCUCUUCUCUUCUGUCUGCACCCUGCAGUUGUCCAGGCCCCAUGCAAGAUUCAGCUGGAAUCUUCGGAGGCUGCAGACCUUUUGACAACAGUGCAGUAGCUCUCCAGCAGGGGAUGACAGAACCCCGACAUGGGCUGGGAGCGGGCUGGGAGAGGUCUCCAGGAGCCUCUAUCCUGCUGGAUGAGACUGCUAGUUCUCAGUCCUCAUCUGACUCCACUUCUGAACAACAUUUGGCCCAGCUGAGCCUCUGCCUUUAUGCAUUCUCAGAGGUGCUUGGUCCAUUAGCCUGCAAGAGAAGCCCAGGAUUAUCUAGUUCUUUCUGCAGGAGAAUGAAGCUGCUGCUGGGGACCCUUUACCUCUUGGGCAUCCUGGUUCCUGAGGAGCUGGGAUAUGAUGGAUCCCUAGCACAACACAGACGAGAGGUUGUGGAAGAGACAGUGAGCCAGAGGAGAGGCCUGGACGCCUAUUCCUAUACCAGAUAUCACCCCAUGGAGGAGAUCUAUCAGUGGAUGAUCCAGAUAAGUGAGAAGUACGCAGAAGUCGUGACACAGCAUUUCUUGGGAAUGACCUAUGAGACCCGGCCCAUGUAUUAUUUGAAGAUCAGCCAACCAUCCAAUAAUCCCAAGAAGAUCAUUUGGAUGGACUGUGGAAUUCAUGCCAGGGAAUGGAUUGCCCCAGCUUUUUGCCAAUGGUUUGUGAAAGAAAUUCUACAAAACUAUAAAGACGACUCAAGGAUAAAAAAGUUGCUUAGAAACCUGGACUUUUAUGUGCUUCCCGUUCUGAACAUAGAUGGUUAUAUCUACACUUGGACAACUGAUCGGCUUUGGAGGAAAUCCCGUUCAUCACACAAUAAUGGCACAUGUUUUGGGACAGAUCUCAAUCGAAAUUUCAAUGUAUCGUGGUGCAGCAUCGGCGCAUCUAGAAACUGCCAAGAUAUAACGUUCUGCGGGACAGGACCGGUAUCGGAACCGGAGACUAAAGCUGUCUCCAGCUUAAUAGAGAGCAAGAAGGACAACAUCGUGUGCUUCCUGACCAUGCACUCUUUUGGGCAGCUCAUUCUCACUCCUUAUGGCUACACUAAAAAUAAGUCCAGUAACCACGAGGAGCUGAUCCAAGUUGGACAGAAGGCAGCAAAUGCAUUGAAAGAAAAGCAUGGAACCAAUUAUAGAGUUGGAUCGAGUGCAGAUAUUUUAUAUGCCACAUCCGGGUCUUCAAGAGACUGGGCUCGGGACAUUGGGAUCCCCUUCUCAUACACGUUUGAGCUGCGGGACAAUGGUACAUACGGAUUUGUUCUGCCAGAAGCUCAGAUUCAGGCCACCUGCGAGGAGAGCAUGGCAGCUAUACUCUCGGUCCUGGAUGACGUCUAUGAGAAAUACUGGGGCGUGGACAGUGCUGGAAAGGCAGCAUCUUCCGCCGUGAUGCUGGGCCUGCUCUUCUCCUUCCUGUCUCUUCUCUGAGCGCAGGCUCCCCACGCCGGCUCAGCCCCAGUGACGAGAGCGUGGUUGCAGCCAAGGGGCUUGGCUAUC